AAAUCUAAUAAAUAAAGCACAACCCAUAAAUGGAGUUCGCUGCCCAUAUUAAUUCCACUCCUAAUCCGUUUUUAUUAGCUUUCCUGAAUCUGAACAGGGUGGAAGCUAAUGAUUCUGUUGCUUGCAAGAAGCUUUGAUUCUGUGGCCCUUGAAGAUGACAAUCCCUAGGAGAAGGGACCCACAGAGUCAAGCCUGGACUGAACCUAUCCUUCCCAGUCUUACUGGGUGGGCAGAAGCCAUUGGGAGAAGACAGUCCAUAGAUAACCAGGUCCUAAGCUAUCUAGCGCUUUAAAUAUGUCAACCAGGAUCUUGGAUUGUGCCCAAAAGCAAACAGACAAUCAGUGUAGCUCUUGAAUUGGAGCUUUGAUUCUCCCAUCAGUACUUAAGCAGCUGCAUUCUGAACAGUUGAAGUUGCUGGGUGAUAUUCAGAGAAAGAUGCAAAUAGAACGAGUUGUAGUAAUCCAAAUGAGGUGAAUAAGGCACCAAUGAAUGUAAGCGGGGCCUCCUGGUCCAGGAAUGGUUAUAAUUGAUGUACAAGGUAUAACUGCAAAAGCCUUCCUGGCCAUAGCUGUCACCUGCUCUUCAAGCAGGAAUGAGUCCAGGAGGACUGCCAGAUGAUGAACCAAUUCUGCAUGAGGAAGUGCACCCACUCAAGAACUGAAGAUGGAGGAUCCCUGGAAUCAAAGUUUCCAUACACAGAGCCACCCUGUCUUGUUGGGAUUAAGUUGGACCUUGUUCUUCCCCAUACAGAUUUGUGUGUGUCUUCAAUAAACUCAUCAGGAGAUAUAAAUAUUUGGAAAAAGCAUUUGAAGAUGAAAUCAAAAAGGUAUAGCAGCCUCUUUUGCUGUCAAGCUUUUUAAAGCAUGGAUGCUUGAGAAAGAUGCCAAUUCCGUUACCUCUUCAUUAAGAAAGGCUAACUUAGACAAGAGACUGCUUGAACUGUUUCCAGCCAACCGGCAGAAUGUGGAGCAUUUUGCCAAGUAUUUCACAGAUGCUGGCCUAAAAGAGCUUUCAGAUUUCCUUAGAGUCCAGCAAUCAUUGGGGACCCGGAAAGAACUACAAAGAGAACUCCAAGAACGUCUUUCUCAGGAAUGUCCAAUUAAAGAGAUGGUGCUUUAUGUAAAAGAAGAAAUGAAAAGAAAUGAUCUGCUGGAACCAGCAGUGAUUGGACUCCUGUGGACUUGUAUAAUGAAUGCUGUUGAAUGGAACAAGAAAGAAGAGCUGGUUGCAGAACAAGCACUUAAGCAUCUGAAGCAAUAUGCACCUUUACUGGCAGUGUUCAGCACCCAAGGCCAGUCAGAACUGAUCCUUCUCCAGAAAGUUCAGGAAUACUGUUACGAUAACAUCCACUUUAUGAAAGCCUUUCAGAAGAUUGUGGUGCUCUUUUAUAAAGCUGAUGUCCUAAGUGAAGAAGCCAUUUUGAAAUGGUUCAAAGAGGCACAUCUCGCUAAAGGCAAAAGUGUAUUUCUUGAUCAAAUGAAGAAGUUUGUGGAAUGGCUGCAAAAUGCUGAAGAAGAAUCUGAAUCUGAAGGGGAUGAAAAUCAAGAUGGCUGAAGAAAGCACAAACCAGACAUGAUUACAGCUGGCUGCUCUUUCAGAAUUUUAUACUGUCCAAGCAAGACUCUUCCUUCAGUGUCAUACUGAAAUUUUAAGUUUUUUGUUUUGUUUAGAAGAAUAAAAUAUUGGAGCCCUGAGGCAUUAGAUGCUGUACAUGAGCCUCUUCUGGCAAGCUGUAUGCUAAUAUAGGCAAUGGCAUUCAGCAAGGAGACAUACAGGGAAAUUGAAAUUAAAUGCUUAAGGACUUUUUAUUAGCAUACUUUCAGGUACUUCGGUGUCUGCCCAUAAGGUUUUUUGAUCUGUGUGCGUAGCUCAGUAUUUGCUUGUGUUAUGUGAUUCAACAUCACUACAUUUUUAAAAAAUUAAAUGGCUUUUAUAUA